AUGAUUAUAACUCUUAAAAAUUUACAACAGCAAACUUUUACGAUAGAUAUCGAUGUAAAUGUCACGGUUAAAGUUCUCAAAGAAAAAAUCGAGGCAGAAAAGGGUAAAGACUAUCCAGCCGUUAAUCAAAGGCUGAUUUACGCUGGUAAAAUCUUGACUGAUGAAACCCCAUUGAGUGAAUAUAAGAUAGAUGAAAAAAAAUUCAUUGUGGUUAUGGUAACCAAACCGAAAUUGCCUCCAGCAACACAUGCAGGAUCCUCAGAUUCGACUCCUACUCCCGGUACGGGUGAUGGAGGUGAAAAACAAACUUCUGAUACAACUAGCAAUGAACCUCCUGCUUCGGAGAAUGUCAACUCUGGUGCAAGCUUUGGUCAAGCUGAAUCUGCCUUGUUGAUGGGUGAUGAAUAUAAUCAAUCUCUUAGAAAUAUUAUGGAUAUGGGAUAUCCCAAAGAACAGGUCGAAAGAGCACUCAGGGCAAGUUUCAAUAAUCCAGAUCGUGCUGUUGAAUAUCUUUUGAAUGGAAUACCAUCAGAUGUUGAUGAUACAGAAUCCUCUGAUGUUGGAGGAGAGGAAAAUACUUUAAAUCCUCUCACUCCGGACACGUGCGGAAACGAAGAAGAUCCUUUGGCGUUUCUUCGAUCCCAACCCCAAUUCCAACAAAUGCGACAAGUCAUUCAAGCAAAUCCACAAUUAUUAAAUGCAGUCUUACAACAGAUUGGUCAAACAAAUCCAGCUUUGCUGCAAAUUAUAUCACAAAAUCAAGAUGCAUUUGUUAGAAUGCUUAACGAACCUGGUACAGGUAGUGGAGCUACACCUGCACCUCCAGCAGCAGGGGGAAACCCGGUUUCUGGUGGAGCAGCAUCAAAUGUAUUUCCUCCAAGUGUUAUACAAGUUACACCACAAGAUAAAGAAGCCAUAGAAAGGUUAAAAGCUUUAGGAUUUCCCGAACACCUUGUUUUGGAAGCAUAUUUUGCUUGCGACAAAAAUGAAAAUUUAGCAGCUAAUUUUUUGCUCUCCCAAACGUUGGAUGACUGA